CCCUCCACCUGAUACCAUGACAACCGUCCUCUGCAGAAUGUUGGCGGUCACAAGAAAACCCAAGUGCACAGCUGUGAUCCUUUGGUUCCUAUUGGUCAACAUCAUUCUGGCGCUAUACUACAUGAAAGUGCCAAGCCAAGAUAGCCUCCAAGAAGACACCUGUGCCCUCAACACGCUCAGUAAAAACCUGACAAGACCUUCUAGAAGCAUCCAAACAGGCCAGUGCUCCCCUGUGGGGAACAUCAUGUUCAUGAAGACGCACAAAACGGCCAGCAGCACGCUCCUCAACAUCAUUUUCCGCUUCGGGCAAAAGCACCAACUCAAGUUCGCCUUCCCCGACGGACGCAAUGACUUCUUCUACCCGUCACCCUUCCGGCGCUCCCAGGUGAAGGACUACCAGCCCGGUGAGUGCUUCAACAUCCUGUGCAACCACAUGCGCUUCCAACACCAAGAGGUGGCCAAGCUGUUACCUCCUGAUGCUAUCUACGUCACCAUCUUACGCAACCCGGCCAACCUCUUCGAGUCAUCCUUCCACUACUACCACAGAGUGAUUCCCUUCACAUGGAGCAUCAGCGCAGAGAAUAAAAUGGCGGCUUUCCUCAAGAGUCCUUGGGAAUACUACAGCAUGGGUGCCUACAACUCAUUCUACUUGAGGAACUUGCUCUUUUUCGACUUCGGUUUGGAUAACAACCUGGACCCUGAUGAUGAAAAAGUGAUGGAGUCCAUUUUGGAUUUGUCCACAAGGUUUCAUCUGGUUCUCAUUGCAGAACACUUUGAGGAGUCCCUUAUUCUUCUCAAAGAGACACUCUGCUGGACGACGGAGGACAUCCUAUACUUGGAACAAAACGUUCGCAAGAAGUCAUCAGUCACCCGCUUGACCCCAGAAUUGAGGGCGAGGGCUUUGCGGUGGAACGGUGCCGACUGGAAGCUCUACCAGCACUUCAACGACACCUUCUGGGCCAAGGUGGAAGCGUACGGGAGGGAGAAAAUGAAACAGCAAGUCAUGGAGCUCAGGAGGAGGAACGCUGAGAUGAAAGCCAUCUGUAUUGAAGGUGGAGAAGCAGUGGAAGCCCAGAUGAUUCAUGAUAGGCGUUUUUUACCCUGGCAGCCCGUCGGAGGAAAAUCCAUCCUGGGGUACAACAUGAGGAACGAUAUUGAUGCCAAGUUGAGGACCGUCUGUGAGAGAAUGCUCACGCCUGAAAUACAGUUCUUGGCUGACUUGGGGGUCAACAUGUGGCUUACUAGACUGUGGGGUUGGUUAAAGGAUGCCAUUUAUUGACUCUUUUUGCAUGGAAACUGAAGUCCUUACAUUUGAGACUCCAUAAAUUAUCACUAUUUAUUACAUUUUUUAAAACCGUAAUAACAUUUCAUAUUACUAUUUUAUUUGAUUUCUACUAUGUAACAAGGGCCAAUAAAGAACAAGCCGUGGGUCAUACUUAUCUUUGCUCCUUAAAGUAGCCUGAAAUACGUGACACACAAAAACGGCCAUCAUAAUACGUUAAUUGACUGCACGAUGAAUAAAAAUUAACUCUAGAAUUUGACGCUUUUCUGAGGUCGUCGGUUCAGCAUACAUUAGGUAGACAUAUGCAUGUAUAUCUAGGCUAUUAUCAUAGGCUAUAACGGUCCACUCUUUCGCAUUUACAAUUUAUUGACAUAAGAUGAGCAAAAUGUGUUUUUUUUUUGCAGAAAAACAGGCCCAUUUUCGGAGAAAUAAAAUAAAUGUUGACUAUAUAGAACUCGUAGUGCCCCCUAGCUGGCAAGGAAGGUAAAACAUGGAGAUAUACUAACUUCGUCAUUCAAAGUUCCUGUUUGUGUUUUUUGCUAUUAAAAGUUAAUAUACUAAAGUCAAAUUCGUACGACAUUAACACGUUUAAUUUAACAAUUUACAACAUGCGAGGUUGACAAAGGUAUUAACAGGAAUAUGGAUCAUGAUGUGACAAGCGUCCAUUGCUCCAUCUUGAGGGUAGUAUGGUCAAGAUUUUAGGCCUACUUGGAGCAUAGUCAGUCCAUGGUUGUUGGAUGUUGUUGUUCGGAUCCAAGUCCAGGGUGGAUGCAAAGUGGACGAGUGACACCCCGGCCUGCGUCCCCUUCUUUACUCGUCUUUGUUCUCGUAGUUGUGCUUGAUGUGUUUCCAUAGUUUCUGGUAAAAAAGUAAACAUGUUGUCAUCCAUUAGAUGUAUGUCUCACACCACAACAUGUACGAAUAAAAAGUUACCCAUUGCGGAAAAGGUAGCUUAGCUACGUUAGCAUCGUUUCGCCCUCUACCUGCAAGGUCAGAUUGUUUCAGCGCCAAUAAGUUGACUUACCCCACGAUUCAUUUGCUCAAAUAUAGCGUCUCCGCCUUGAUCGAAUAUCCGCUCAAAGAAGACAGCUCCAACCAUGAUGGUUACGGCGAAGGUGGAUGUUCUCCUGAAGAGAAGAUUGUACACGGUUUUUGUCAGCGCCAUGUUUGAGACGGCU